CCUACUUGAAUCUGAGAUCCCAGCUCUGAGGGUUUGGUGUGUGUAGCUGUAGCCUGGCUCAAGGUGGUUGACCGGUGUGUGGGGGUGUGGCAAUGGCUGCCUAUGUGACUGAUGCAGUCAGUAACCUUGCUGACUUGACCUGGAUGAAGAGACCCCAGCUACAGAGGCUUUGCAAAGAUCUGGGGCUGAAGGCUGUUGGCAAGAAUGCUGAGCUAAUUGCACGCCUGUCCCAGUACAUCCCACGGGUCUCUCCGGAUGAGGUGAUCUCUAAUCCUCCUCCCCAAAUUCAGGCCAACACUACUGUCCCUCGGCGACGGGACACUCUGGAUAAAGGGGCCUCCCUCCAGAUGGGGAAGAGGGGCUCUAAAGAUGUCCCAGGAUGGUGCGUUAUCCAUGGGAUGCAACUGUUCAGCUCUGGGUGGAGCAGCCUGGCACUGAAGUGUGGUCGACCAGUGGUAGUCAAUGGGGACUCCCUGGUGGACCUUUGUCUGAGGCCAGCAUUGGUGGAGACACCACCCCAUCUGGAGGACAACAAGAUCUGCUGGGAGUGCUUGCAGCGAAAUAGUAAAGAGGCUUCCCUGAAGCAGCAUCACCCACCCAAACGUCGGUCUGGUAUUCCCCUCUUAAUCAGGAGGCAUCUGGCUACUCUCCGAAAGGAUGCCUCUACUCCUGGCUCCAGCGCCUCAGUGAAGAUCGAUUCUGCUUCCAUGUCGGGUUGCACCAGGCUUGGAUUGCCGCGUGAGAUGUGGGGCCGGGGUCAUCCACAGGAAGACAAGGCCUACGCGCUGAAGGUGGAGGAGCUCCUGAUGAAGAUUGCCAAUGGGGACAUGACUGUUGACCAGGCUGUGAGAUCGGAACAGCCAAAGGUGGUGCACUCUCCCAGGUGAUGAUCACCCAACUGGUGGGGACCCUUAUUUUCUCCCCCCACCCCCUUCUACUCUAAUGACUUAGUACUGUACAAGAUACUACAUGCUGUAUUCAUUAAUAAAAUCCUUUUUUAAUAACCAUCAUAUUAAUGUGUAAAAU